GUUCAUCGGGACAAGGUUUAUGAGGUAAGUCGGCCAUUCUACGAGUCGAGUAUGUUGCUUCAACGUGCGACUUUGGAUCCCAACCUAUCUGCCUUUGGACAAACGACUGGAGACGGGGCGGGAACCAUUCCAUCUGCGGUGAAGCGUGGCGUCAGAAGAAGAUACGAGAACAAGUGCGCAUUUUGCGGAGAAGAUGAGUAUUCGGAUGCCAUGCGCGGUGUGCAGCCCAAGCUGUCGUGCGCGCACUUGGCACCUCGUGCUGGGUACUUCCAGGAAGGUUUCGCCAACAACUUUGACGUGAAUUCUUUGCGAAACUUUAUUCUUCUAUGCGGCUCCCAUGGCAGAAAAGGCACGUGUCAUUACGGGUUUGAUUCCCACAAAUUGGCCCUCAUUCCUGAUGUCUUGGGGCAGGCUCAAGGCUGGAAAGUGCUACGCUACACGCUUACCGUGACUGGAAAGCUGGCGACCAAGGCAACUCGGGCCUGCAGCUGCACAAGGUAUCUUUUGACAAGUUCCGUCCCGACAUGGUCUACAAGCGUGCCCUUGCAACCCGAUUGCACAAGUUCGUUUUGGAAAACCGUCAAAUGCUUGGAGACGUCCCCAAUAUGGCCGACAUGA